GCCCCAGCUUGUCGUCGGAAGGAAUCUCUGGAGAAUCUUCCAUUUCCCACCAUGGUUCUUUGUCAUGGGACCCUGCAUCCCAUGUCUCUUCUGGUGCAGGCUACGGUGCUGGCCGAGGCUCUGGCCCUGGGCACCCUGCCUCUUUUCCUACCCUGUGAGCUGAAGCCUUAUGGCCUGGUGGACUGCAACUGGCUGUUCCUGAAAUCUGUGCCUCGCUUCUCUGCGGCAGAACCCCGCUCCAAUGUCACCAACCUUUCCUUGAUCUCCAACCGUAUCCACCACCUGCACAACUCCGACUUUGUCCACUUUUCCAACCUGCGGCAUCUGAACCUCAAAUGGAACUGCCCACCCACUGGCCUCAGCCCCAUGCACUUCCCUUGCCACAUGACCAUCGAGCCCAAAACCUUCCUGACUGUGCCACUGGAAGAGCUAAACCUGAGCUACAACGCCAUCACUACGGUACCCCCACUGCCCAGCUCCCUGAGGACCUUGAGUCUGAGCCGCACCAACAUCCUGGUACUAGAUUCUAGCAGCCUUGCUGGCCUGCGCGCCCUGCAAGUUCUCUUUAUGGAUGGGAACUGCUACUACAAGAACCCCUGCAGUGGGGCAGUGGAGGUGACCCCAGGUGCCCUCCUGGGCCUGAGCAGCCUCACCCGUUUGUCACUCAAGUAUAACAACCUCACGGAGGUGCCCCGCCAACUGCCCCCCAGCCUGGAGUACCUACUGGUGUCCUAUAACCACAUUGUCAAGCUGGCACCCGAAGACCUGGCCAAUCUGACCUCCCUUCGAGUGCUCGAUGUGGGUGGGAACUGUCGCCGCUGUGACCACGCCCUCAGCCCCUGUAUAGAAUGCGGGCAAAAGUCCCUCCAGCUCCACCCUGAGACCUUCCAUCACCUCAGCCACCUCGAAGGCCUAGUGCUGAAGGACAGUUCUCUCUACACACUGAACUCCUCCUGGUUCCAAAGUCUGGUCAACCUCUCCGUGCUGGACCUAAGUGAGAACUUCCUCUACGACUGCAUCACCAAGACGGGGGCCUUUCAGAGCCUGACACGCCUGCGCAAGCUUGACCUGUCCUUCAAUUACCACAAGAAGGUUUCCUUUGCCCAGCUCCACCUGGCAAGUUCUUUCAAGAGCCUGGUAUCCCUGCAGGAGCUGAACAUGAACGGCAUCUUCUUCCGCUUGCUCAACGGGAAGACACUCAAGUGGCUGGCCCACCUGCCCGAGCUGCACACUCUGCAUCUUCAAAUGAACUUCAUCAACCAGGCUCAACUCAGCAUCUUCAGUACCUUCCAAGACCUCCGCUUUGUGGACCUGUCAUACAACCGCAUUAGCGGGCCUCUCUUACUGUCAGCGGGCACCCCUGAAGAGGCAGCUGACGGCGAGGAGAAUGUGCGGUCUGGGGUUCUCGCCCCAGCUCCACUGAGCACCCCUGCCUCUAAGAACUUCAUGGCCAUGUGCAAGAAACUCAACUUCAUCAUGGACCUGUCGCGGAACAACCUAGUGACAGUCAAGCCGGAAAUAUUUGUCAACCUCUCACACCUCCAGUGCCUGAGCCUGAGCCACAACUCCAUUGCACAGGCGGUCAACGGCUCUCAGUUCCUGCCGCUGACCAAUCUGCAGGUGCUAGACCUUUCCUAUAACAAGUUGGAUCUGUACCACGGGAAGUCGUUCAGCGAGCUCCCGAAAUUGCAAGCCCUGGACCUGGGCUACAACAGCCAGGCCUUCGGCAUGCAGGGCAUAGGCCACAACUUUAGUUUUAUGGCUCAUCUAUCCAAGCUACGGUACCUUAGCCUGGCACACAAUAGCAUUCACAGCCGCGUCUCCUCGCGUCUCUACAGCCCCUCACUGAGGUCCCUGGACUUCAGUGGCAACGGUGUGGGCCGCAUGUGGGGCGAAGGGGACCUUUAUCUCCACUUCUUCCAAGGCCUGAGAAACCUGCUCCAUCUAGACCUGUCUCAGAACCGCCUGCAUAUCAUCCUGCCCCAGAACCUCCAGAACCUCCCCAAGAGCCUGAAUCAGCUGAGUCUCCGUGACAAUUACCUGUCUUUCUUUAACUGGAGCAGUCUGGCCUUCCUACCAAACCUGGUAGUCCUGGAUCUGGCAGGAAACCAACUCAAGGCUCUAACCAACGGCACCCUGCCUAAUGGCACCCGGCUCCAGAAACUUGAUGUCAGUAGCAACAAUAUUGUCUCUGUGGUCCCAGCCUUCUUUGCUCUGGCUGUGGAGCUAAAGGAGGUAAACCUCACCGACAACAAUCUCAAGACGGUGGAUCGCUCCUGGUUUGGGCCCACUGUGGUGAGCCUAACAAUACUAGACGUGAGGAGCAACCCUCUGCACUGUGCCUGUGGGGCAGCCUUUGUGGACUUCCUGCUGGACGUACAGACCGCGGUGCCUGGGCUGGCUAACAACGUGAAGUGUGGCAGUCCCAACCAGCUGCAGGGCCUCAGCAUCUUCGCACAGGACCUGCGCCUGUGCCUGGAUGACGUCCUCUCCUGGGAAUGCUUUGGCCUUUCACUGUUGGUUGUGGCUGCGGGCAUGGUGGUGCCCAUACUGCAGCACCUCUGCGGCUGGGACGUCUGGUAUUGCUUCCACCUGUGCCUGGCAUGGCUACCUUUGCUGGCCUGGGGCCGGCGCGGGGCCCAAGCUCUACCCUAUGAUGCCUUCGUUGUGUUCGAUAAGGCGCAGAGUGCGGUGGCCGACUGGGUGUAUAACGAGCUACGGGUGCGGCUGGAGGAGCAGCGCGGGCGCAGAGCUCUGCGCCUGUGCCUAGAGGACCGGGAUUGGCUGCCGGGCCAGACGCUCUUCGAGAAUCUCUGGGCCUCCAUCUAUGGCAGCCGCAAGACGCUGUUUGUGUUGGCCCACACCGACCGGGUCAGUGGCCUCCUGCGCACUAGCUUCCUGCUCGCUCAGCAGCGCCUAUUGGAGGACCGCAAGGACGUGGUGGUGUUGGUGAUCCUGCGGCCAGAUGCCCACCGCUCCCGCUACGUGCGACUGCGCCAGCGCCUCUGUCGCCAGAGCGUGCUCUUCUGGCCUCAGCAGCCCAUAGGGCAGCGCGGCUUCUGGGCCCAGCUGAGCACAGCCCUGACUAGGGACAACCGUCACUUCUAUAACCGGAACUUCUGCCGGGGACCCACAGUAGAAUAGACCAAAGCAAUAGCUGGGAACAGCUGCCCCUUUACGCCUGGCCACGCUGGUUGCUCUGCCUGCCUUGCU